CUGGAACUUGAGGCUAGCCAGUAGCUGGAAGCCCUCCCAACAUGGGCUGCCACGCCCGCCUACUUUGGCUGCUGUUCUUCCACGCUGCGAUUCUACCUGAAGCAGCUUGUUACAGGAAGGACAUCAGAGGAUCUGGAACAAGGCUGGGAAAGGAACGGACUAAGAGAAGCCCCAUCCAAGGUUGGUCUGAGGAGCAGCUAGAAGGAAAUGGUGAAGAGCCAGUGGCAAGGCCUCAAGGUGAUGGAAAUCCAGCAACCAUAUUAUCAGUUCUGCCUGCUGCCAUCUCCACUCAGCCAUCUUCUAAGCUUGCCCCGAGUUCCCCUGCAUCAGUUCUACCUGUGGCUGACUCAGUACCUGGCGGUCGAAGAGCACAUGUGCCCAGGACCAACCUCAAAGGUGCAGAUAUGUUACCAGACUCCUCUCCAAUAAUAGGUCCUGAGUCAUACAAGCCAUCAGGAGGCUGGGCCCCCGUGCGGCUGGCAGGCAACCACGGGAGCUGUGCGGGCCGUGUAGAACUCUUCUACCAGGGAGUCUGGGGGACUGUGUGUGAUGACCUCUGGGACCUUCCAGAAGCAAACAUCAUCUGCAGGCAGCUGGGGUGUGGCUGGGCUGUCUCUGCCCUGAGCGAAGCUUACUUUGGGCAAGGUUCUGGGAAGAUUCUCCUUGACAACGUGCAUUGCAAGGGGCAUGAGGAGCACCUGGAGGAAUGCUCCCACCUUGGGUGGUUCUCCCACAACUGCGAUCACAGUGAAGAUGCCAGUGUCAUCUGUUCAGAUGCUGAAUACGGAAUGGCUACACUCUCAGAUCCUCCAUUGGCUCUCAUGGGAGGAGAAAUGGAUCCAGAAAAAUCUCGGUGUGGUGGAGUUAUUACCAGUGCACCUGGAAAAAUUAAGAAUCCCCCAAUGAAUGAAAUGCAUGACAACAUAACCUGUGUGUGGGAGAUCAGAGCAAGUACCUCUGAUCAUAUACGGCUGGCAUUCCCAUCUCUUGACCUCGACUGCACCAAUGAGUAUUUUGAAAUCCUGGAUGGCCCUCCAUCCUCCACAAAGUCCCUGGGGAAGCCCUGCCGUGGGUUGCACAUCACCUUCACAUCUCACUCCAGCUCAAUGACCCUCGUGUACUUCCGAGGCGAGAACAACAUUGGGAAAAACUUCAUGGCUUAUUAUUAUUUUGAAGGCAAAGAGAUGACAACGAAGACCCCAUAUCUGAUCACUAUCCCCACAGAAACUUCCAAGAUGGUAACAGAAAGACCACAUACUCCCAGUGGGAAUGUCUCAUCUCGUCCCGUGCCUGACUCAGGGGUCUGGCCAGAGCUGCGGCUGGUGAGUGGCUCCAAUCGAUGCUCAGGGCGUGUGGAGAUCCUCUACCAAGGAGUCUGGGGAACUGUGUGUGAUGACCUAUGGGACCUGAAUGAAGCUGAAGUCAUAUGCAGACAGCUGGGGUGUGGUCAGGCUGUGUCUGCCCUUGGCAAGGCCUACUUUGGCCCUGGUUCGGGAGAUAUCUUCUUAGAUAACCUCCAAUGUGCUGGGGUGGAGCACUUCCUGGGACAGUGUGCCCAUUCAGGCUGGUCAGACCACAACUGUGGCCACCACGAAGAUGCCGGUGUCAUCUGCUCAGAUGCUGAAAACCCUCUGUCUGAUGUUCCAGGAGAGUGGCCAGAGCUGCGCCUAGUGGGUGGCUCCAAUCGGUGCUCAGGACGAGUGGAAAUCCUCCACCAGGGAGUCUGGGGCACCGUGUGUGAUGACCUGUGGGAUUCAAAUGAAGCUGAGGUUGUAUGCCGCCAGCUAGAGUGUGGUCAGGCUGUUUCUAGUCUUGGUGAGGCUUACUUUGGCCCAGGCUCAGGAGACAUCUUCCUAGACAACCUUCAGUGUUCUGGAAUGGAACACUACCUCAGCCAGUGUCCACAUUCGGGAUGGUCUGAACACAACUGUGGCCACCAUGAGGAUGCGGGUGUUAUCUGCUCAGAUUCAGAUGCCCCUCCUCCACCUAUGCCACCAGGUCCUCCUCCAACUUCUCAGGAUCCACUAACAGGAGGAAGUAACUCUUGUGGAGGAGUCAUUUCCAGCCUCUCUGGUUCAUUUACGAGUCCACGGUACCCAGAAAACUAUCCAACAGACAUCCAAUGUGUUUGGGAGAUCCAUGUGGAGAAAAAUUUUCGCAUAGAACUCAUGAUUCCGAAUUUGAACCUGGAAGAUAUCCUUGGAUGUCCCUAUGACUCAAUUGAGAUCUUUGAUGGCCCCAGAAUUGCAUCACUCUCUAUGGGAAAGUUUUGUGCCCCAUCAGCUGUGGUAUUUUUCUCCUCCUCGAACAUCUUGACAGUGGUGUUCCGAAGUGAUUAUAUGACAACAAACACUGGCUUUUAUGCUUUCUUCAAUGCAAUUACACAAGAUGGAAAGGAGUCAGAAGAAAGACCAGUGCUGCGGUUGGCAGGCAGCUCUGGACAGUGCUCGGGACGUGUAGAGAUCCUCCACCAGGGGGCCUGGGGCACCGUGUGUGAUGACCUGUGGGACAUGAAUGAAGCUGAGGUUGUGUGCAGACAGCUGGGUUGUGGCCAUGCCAUUGCUGCUCCUGGAAGUGCCUACUUUGGUCCAGGCUCUGGAAACAUUCUUCUGGACAACAUUCAGUGUUCAGGGAAGGAACACCACUUUGGCCAGUGUUCCAGCUCUGCCUGGUUAGACCACAACUGUGGCCACCAUGAGGAUGCUGGAGUUAUCUGCUCAGAUGCAGAGGUGACUCCUUCACCAACAGAAGGAAGUCACUCCUGUGGAGGAGUAAUUUCAAGUCUCUCAGGCUCCUUCUCCAGUCCUUGGUAUCCUACUAACUACCCCACGGACACAGAGUGCAUCUGGGAGAUUCGUGUGGCUGAGAAGUUCAACAUAGAGCUGACGAUCCCAAGCCUGAAACUAGAGGACAUCUAUGGGUGUCCUUACGACUUUGUGGAAGUGUUUGAUGGACACCAAGUCGCCUCACUCUCCAUGGGCAAAGUUUGUGCUGGGGCAGAACUCACAUUCCUCUCCUCUUCAAAUUUCAUGACGGUGGUGUUUAAAAGUGACACCAUGAUCACCAACUCAGGCUUCUAUGCUCUGUACAACUCCGUUCAGGAAGGCGAAAGGCAAAAUGAAAUGGCCUUGAGGCUGGUAAAUGGCAGCCACAGGUGUGAGGGCCGAGUAGAGAUCUCCUACAAUGGGACCUGGGGCACGGUGUGUGACGACAGCUGGGACCUGACAGAUGCCAAGGUGGUGUGCCGGCAGCUCGGCUGUGGUAAGGCCUUGUUGGCCCCAGCUGAGAGCCACUUUGAUAAAGGCAUGGGCCAUAUCAUGCUGGAUGAUGUGCAAUGCAUGGGAGAUGAAACCAAGGUGUGGCAAUGCACACAUCACGGAUGGUUCUCCCACAACUGCGGGCACCAUGAAGAUGCCAGCGUGGUCUGCUCAGGUAUGGAAGACGCACCAAGUGGAGAACCAGCAGAUGAAAUUUUCCAUUGCGGUGGUUUGCUCACAAAUAGUUCAGGCUCCUUCUCCAGUCCUUGGUAUCCUAAAAAAUACCCCACAAAUGUGGUCUGUGCCUGGGACAUACAAGUGGAUACCAGCGCUCACAUCAGACUCACCUUCGAAGUGGUCAAGAUGGAGAAUUUCUACGGCUGCCCUUAUGACUUCAUUGAGAUUUUUGAUGGCCCACAAAGUGAACCAUUUUCACUGGGGAGAUUCUGCUCUGAAACAACCCCAAUAUUUACCUCUUCUUCAAGCCACAUGAGCGUGGUGUUCCACAGUGACGCAAUCGUCACCAACAUUGGAUUCUUUGCAUCUUAUGAGUCCCUAUUGCAAGAUGAGAAAGACACAGAUGUGAUGCUCAGACUAGCCAAUGGCAGUCACCCAUGUGAGGGCCGUGUGGAGCUCUACUACAAUGGCAGCUGGGGCACAGUGUGUGAUGACGGCUGGGACCUGAGAGAUGCCCAGGUGGUGUGCCGGCAGCUGGGCUGUGGUGGGGCUGUGGUAGCCAUUGGCCGUGCCCAUUUUGAGCGAGGCCUAGGCCCCAUUGUCAUGGAUGAUGUGGAGUGCAUGGGAACUGAAGCCAGACUAUGGCAAUGUCUGCACGGUGGCUGGCUCACCCACAACUGUGGCCACCACGAAGAUGCUGGUGUUGUCUGCUCAGCCUCUCUGUCCCAGUCGGCACCAUCAUUUUCUGUGAGUGAUAUGAUCUCAGCAUCGCUAGCAAGGCAGCCAGAGGUGCACACAUCAGCAGGUCUGGACCUGCGACUGAUGAAUGGGACAAGCAGGUGUGAAGGCCGAGUUGAGGUGUACUAUGCCAACACCUGGGGGACUGUAUGUGACGACAACUGGUCCAUAGAGGAUGCCCAAGUGGUCUGCAGACAGCUUGGCUGUGGUCCAGCUUUAUCUGCCCUGCCAGGCACCAGUUUCGGCCCUGGGUCAGGCAGCAUCGCCCUUGAUGAUGUCAACUGCACAGGAAGAGAAUCUUCCCUGGCACAGUGCCCUCACAGAGACUGGCUCACCCACAACUGUGGGCACCAGGAAGAUGCUGGUGUCAUCUGUUCAGAUUCUGCAGCUAAUGGACAUCCAGCUCCCUCAGCUCCUGAGGAACAUCCGCAUGAUUUGCAUCCAGAUCUGCAGAUGGUGAGACUGGCUGACGGGGGAAGCCAGUGUGAGGGCCGUGUAGAAGUCUACUUCAAUGGGACCUGGGGAACUGUGUGUGAUGAUCUUUGGGGGAUACAGGCUGCCCAAGUGGUAUGUCAACAACUGGGCUGUGGGGUGGCCCUAGCAGCCCCCAGGAGCAGUCUGUUCGGCGAUGGCUCUGGUCCCAUCUUCCUAGACGACGUGAGAUGUUUGGGCACAGAGACCAACCUGGGGCACUGCCACCACCUCGGCCUUUCUGUGCACAACUGUGAGCACCAUGAAGAUGCAGGCGCCAUAUGUUCAGCUGUUGGUGUUGCCUCAGCUUCAGCAGGAGUGGCUCCCACAGCUGACCAGCUCACUGUCAGGUUGGUGGAUGGAAAGAACCAGUGUGAAGGGCGAGUGGAAGUCUACCACAAUGGCACAUGGGGCACUGUCUGUGAUGACCUCUGGGACAUCGAGGAUGCCCAUGUGGUGUGCCGGCAGCUGAACUGUGGGAAGGGUGUCAGCGCCCUUGGGAGUGGCUAUUUCGGAGAGGGCAGAGGGAGCAUCUUCCUGGAUGACGUGAAGUGCCAGGGCAGUGAGAGGUCCCUAGACCAGUGCCACCACCAAGGCUUGUCUGUCCACAACUGUGGCCACCAAGAAGAUGCCAGCGUCAUCUGCUCAGCAUCACCUGCGGAAAGACCAACUUCACCCGUUCCUACCUCAAAUCCAGCCACAGUUUCGGGCCUUGCAACUGGCAUCACCCCCACUCCGGUAGAAGUAACUCCUUUACCUGAUAAGGGCCUCUGUCCCCCACACUGCACAGGCACAUCUUCAACUUCAAUAGACUCAAGUUCUCCAAAUGAUGCAUCUUCAGUCUCAGCAGAAGAGGAGACAUCCUCUGAUUCAGCUUCAGCCUCAGAAGAAGAGGAAGCAUCUUCAGGUGUAUCUUCGUCAUUGGAAGUGACCUCCUCUGGCGCAUCUUCAUCCUCAGCAGACACAAGUUCUUCACAUGAUGUAUCUUCGGCCUCAGCAGAAGAGAUCUCCUCUGAUGUAUCUUCACCCUCAGCAGAAAGGAAGAGUGGAGAGUCGACUGGCGCAUCUUCAGCCUCAGUGGAUACCUCCUCUGAUGCAUCUUCAGGCUCUGCAGAAGAUACCUCCUCUGACAUUUCUUCAUCCUCAGCAGAAUCAGGCUCUCCAACUGGCAUUUCUUCAGCCUCAGCAGAAGCAAGCUCUUCAAAUGAUGCAUCUUCUGACUCAGCGGAGGAGACCUCUUCAGGUGUGUCUUCAGUCUCUGCAGAAGAUAGCUCCUCUGCGAGUUCUUCGGCCUCAGCAGAAGCAAGUUCUCCAAAUGACGCAUCUUCAACCUCUUCAGAAGAAGAGACCUCCUCAGAUACAUCUUUAACCUCAGCAGAAUCGAGUUCUACAACUGAUACAUCUUCAACCUCAGCAGAAGACUCGAGCUCCUCUGAUACUUCUUCAACCUCAGCAGAAGAAAGCCCUCCAAAUGAUAUUUCUUCGACCUCAGCAAAACCGACUUCUCCAAGUGCUACGGUUCCAACUUUGACAAAAGUGACUCUGUCGCCUGACCUGCCUCUGCGCCUGGUAGGCGGGCGGAACCGCUGUGAGGGCCGGCUGGAGGUGCGGCACGAGGGCGAGUGGGGAACCGUGUGCGAUGACCGCUGGAACAUCAAGAAUGCCCGGGUUGUGUGCCGCCUCCUGGGCUGCGGUCCAGCGCUAGGCGCCCCGGGUAGAAGCCACUUUGGGCCCGGUACAGGCCCCAUCCUGAUGAAUGAAGUGCGCUGCUCUGGCAGGGAGGACUCUCUGGAGAGCUGUGCCCACGCUGGCUGGACAAGGCACAACUGCCACCACCGUGAGGAUGCUGGCGUGAUCUGCGCAGGUCCAGCAGGCUCUCUUGUGCCCAAGGACAAUGCCCAGCUAUCUUGCUUGCCUCACCUCUUCCAAGCUGUCAUUGACCGAGGCUAUCUCCGGAGACUAGGCUACUCCUCCUGGGACAUCCACUUAAAUGAUAGAAUGUGUCGCCCCCAAGUCACUGGGCGUUACCUCAUCUUCAAUAUUCCUUAUGGCCACUGUGGCACCGUCAGGCAGGAGAACCAAGGCUCUCUCAGCUACUCCAACUCCAUCCGAGGCAGAACGCAAGGCCACCCUGGCCGAGUCAUUGUGAGGCACAAGGUACCCCAAGUGAAGUUCACCUGCAAAGUGGAUGGCCAGUCUGCAGUUGAAAUUGUGCAUGGGAGUGACCCUAAGAAGGACGAUGUCAGCUAUGAUGUGUCGAUUUCAUUCCUCCAGUCACCUGUGUCUCAGAACACAGGGGGUAGAGCUCCUUAUGCUAAUCAGAGGGAAGAGGUCUUCCUUCAGGCCACCCUCCACAGCCACAACCCCAAUCUGAGGCUCAUCGUGGACACCUGUGUGGCUUCUCCUGAUGCCAGUGAUUUCACAACUGUCAAGUAUGAUUUGAUCCAGGAAGGCUGCAUCAAAGACAGUUCCUACUCCAACCUCCAUGCUCCUGAGAAGAAUGUGGCCCAGUUCAAGUUCAAUGCCUUCAGCUUCCUCAAAAGCUAUGAUGUGGUCUACCUGCAGUGUAAAGUUGCUGUUUGCCGUCCAGGGGAUCACUCUUCCCGAUGCUCACAAGGCUGUCCGAGUCGGGGAAGAAGAGGCGCGGGCUCUGCAGAGGUCAGAGAAGAACAAACUGAGUAUUUCCAAACAGUGGGGCCACUGAAGAUCCACAGAGACGUGAGUCAGAGCAAGGCCCUGGUGUGAUCUCUCCCACUUGCUCUCACUGAGUAUGCCAAUGAAGCAUGUCUGUUUCGUACAGCAAGCUCAGAAGCCAGACAUUGACCGCACUGUCUACACUUCCAUGCAGACAGGUGGAAGAUCCGGAGGGAUUUUCUGGGGUUUGUUACUAAAUAGAUCCCUGAGCGCUAACUUCUAAGGCAGUUGCUCUGUUUGUA